CUGGCAAAGUGACUUCCGUUUGACGACGGAAGUGGCGGUCUGCGCGUGUGCGGAGACGCAACAUGGUGGCAGGCAAGAGAAAACGUGGAGCUGGCAAGGCAGCCCCGGCGGGACCGAAGAAAAAGCGCCCAAAGAGAGCUCCGGUGGAGAAGAAGGCGGUGGUGAAAGGCCCGUCCUCUGUGGCCGAAGCAGGGCGGGAUGAGCACAGCGUCCCGCCUCCAGUCUCUCAGGGGAAAUGGAAAAACAAAGAGAGAGUGCUUGUUUUCUCUUCCAGAGGAAUCAAUUUUAGGACAAGACAUCUGAUGAAAGACUUGCGAACCCUGAUGCCACAUUCUAAAGCAGAUACCAAAAUGGACAGGAAGGACAAGCUGUUUAUAAUUAAUGAGGUCUGUGAAAUGAAAAAUUGCAAUAAAUGUAUAUAUUUUGAAGCAAAGAAGAAGCAGGAUCUUUAUGUAUGGCUUUCAAAUGCACCCCAAGGACCAUCAGCCAAGUUCUUAGUACAGAACAUACAUACACUGGCUGAGCUGAAGAUGACGGGGAACUGCUUGAGAGGCUCCCGCCCCCUUCUGUCUUUUGACUCGACUUUUGACAAGGAGCCACAUUAUGCUUUGCUGAAAGAGCUGUUUAUUCAGAUUUUUAGUACUCCGCAGUAUCAUCCAAAAAGCCAGCCUUUUGUAGAUCACAUCUUCACGUUCUCCAUAGUUGAUAACAGGAUUUGGUUUCGAAACUACCAGAUCGUCGAAGAAGAAGCAGCUCUUGUUGAAAUUGGUCCUCGCUUCGUCUUGAACCUUAUUAAGAUCUUCCGGGGAAGCUUUGGAGGACAAACCCUGUAUGAAAAUCCUCAUUACCAGUCUCCAAAUAUGCAUCGGCGGGCAAUAAGACUGGCCACAGCUGCUAAAUUCCGAGAAAAGCAACAAGUGAAAGAGCUACAGAAACUGAGGAGAAAGGAAGAGAAGCCGCUUGUUCCUGAAGACCCCACUGACAAUGUUUUUGAAACGCCAGCUGAAGAAAAGCCAAUGGAGAUAGAACUGGUGAAACCAGAGCCAAAGAUUAGCUUGAAGAAGAAAAAGAAGAAACCACAUCAGCGAGAAAGGAAGCUGAAGAAAAAGCUUGGUGGAGUUGGAGUGUAGAACGCAAAAAGGAAAUUAAAGCAGGGACUUGAUAAUGUAGGCAGCAGUGUAUGUCAUAUUUUUGUAACUAAUCUGUGUACAGUUACUUUUUAAAACUGCUUGUCAUCAGUGUUUUUUAAAAAGCUUUAAUGUGCAAAUCAGUUAUUUGGUAGUGCCCUUCAUUAAAUGUGGCAACAAGA